AUGUGGCCAAAAAGACGGAUUAGGCCACAUGGGGAUAAAACUUGGGCAAGGGGUAAACCUGCAAAAUUGAAAGCACACCUAGCUAAUGAAUGCUUGCCUUGUCCACCAGAUAUUAGUAAAUUUUGGAAAGAUACACUUGCAAUAGAAGUGGUCAAUUACUCUCAUUCAAAAAAAAAUCCUACUACACCUCUUCCUGGUAUACAACCAUAUAUAACAGAUCAUUUUGGUUCAAAAAAACCUCUACCACUUUCUGUUACUGAAAGAAUUGAUCAUGCUUUGUUGAAAGCAUGGGUAAUAGCUGGAAUACCAUUUGAAGUCAUAGAAAAUCCAUUUGUUAUAGUCCUGUUUAAGGAACUUAACCCAGGAUAUACACCACCGUCAAGAACAACAUUAUCUGGUUGGCUUUUGGACCAGGAAGUUGCUAGAGUCAAUCUAAACAUUGAAAAAGAGUUGGAGUCUUCCAAUAAUUUAACAUUGAGUAAGAAAGAAUACUUAAUAGCAUUAAAAAAUUAUUCAGGUUUUUCUCACACUGGUAACUUUCUUGCAGAUGAAAUUUCAGACAUUGUGGAACAAAUUGGUUCAGAUAAAUUUGCUGCUAUAGUUACUGAUGCUGCUCCAGCAUGUUGUGUUGCGUGUGAAAAAACUGAAGAAAUGUAUCCUCACAUUUGGGAUAUAAGAUGUGCUGCACACUCAAUAAAUCCAAUAGCAUCAGACCUUCAAUGA